AUUAGCAAAAAUGGUGAUGAUUACAUGCUCCUUCAUGUUGAAGGGACCAGGGUUCAAUCUGAAUCGCCACCCCAGAAGACUGUACUCCGUUUCGGGCAGAGUCCUCGCCAUGAACUUGCCAAUGGGUAAAACGGCGAUUUGCAUUAGGAUUGCAGAGAUGGUGAGGGGCUGAGUACGGUAGGUGAAGAAAGUGUUGAGGAAGAUUAAGAUGGUGCAAGAGGUCAGACCCAGAAACCAUGCUCGGAAAGUCAUGACGGGUAGGGACGGGUCGUCGGUUUCCGGCACCACUAACUUCACCUCCUCCACCGGACACCAGCCUUCAUCCCCAUUCGGCUUCUCCACGUCUGUUUGGUUCCUAGUAAUAGCGGCCAUUGACGCAAGAAAAGACAAGGAAAACUGAAGUCAAGUGAGCUUUUAGCACUCUCUGUAUGAAGCAGGCGGCUUUAUAAGGGGGAGGAAGAGAAAGGAUGCGUAAGGACGACAAUGCCCCUUGGUUCGAUGCUGACUUAUCUUUGGAUUGGUUUAAACCGGUCUGCGGUUUGAUUUUCGGCCUUCUGACUGCUGACUGUUGACUGCUGAGUGCUGACUGCUAUUGACCUCAUCAUGAAUUUUUUGUGACGAUAAUACCCUUUUUGGGAAAAACCAAAUUAAAAAUAAUUUAUUAAC